AUGGAACUGCGCAAAAUGAGCACCGCCAAGCAGCAGCAGCAGCAUCAGCAGCAGCAGCAACACCAGCUUCAGCAGCAGCAACGCGAAGAUCGGCGGUACUCCGUGCCGCACGGGAUGCACGGAACACUUCCACCCGGGGCCACCGACGAUCUGCACGCCUGGUCCAUCUAUCGCCAGAACCUAAACUCGGACUUUGCCGACUCGGCCCUCGGAUCGUCGGAUAAAUCGCCCAAACCGUACGGCUCUCAGUAUCACCAGCGGGACACGGCGAUCCUGAACCAUCCACGCUACGGCCCGAAGCAGAACCCGAUCAACUCGAACAUGUACACCUACCUCAAGUUUGGCCUACCACGGGUCUUCCCACCGAACGGUGGCCAACCGAUGGCAAACGGACGACCCGGGCGCAACUCUUCCAAGGCAAACGGGCGCGGCAGAGUGAACCGGGGCUACCGGGACAGCACCGGUCCCGGCCCUGGCUCUUCCGGCUACGACAGUAGCGAUAACGAAACGAAUCGGGGUCGAGUGCCAGCUAAUCUAAGGAAGUAUCGUAGUGAAUCCGACUUUCGUGCGAUCGGGGCGACCAAUUCGCGGCCAAGCUCCCGUGCCCAGGGUAUCCCACUGGCUGCGCUAAAGCAAGCCAACAGCCGCGCAAGUAUAGCCGGAACGCAUGUGUACAAUCCGUACGCCACCAACUUGCGGCAUCACAACCUGCGCUCCCAGAGCGAAGCUGAUCUGCUGGCCGAGUGGGACUACGAUGAUUCGCCGACGUACGGCGAGACGCGACUGUAUCCGGAGGACAUCUAUGCCACCCAAAGCCGGCGGCACUCGCUGGCCGGUCUGGUGUAUCCCAACAUUCAGGUGCACUGUCUGGACGUGCUGCCCGGAUUGCGCGGCGUUUCGUUGCAGGCGAAGGCUGGAGAUCUGUUCGCCAUCAUGGCCACCUCGCAGCGUGAGGGUACGGCGCUGGUGGAGGCGUUGGCCGGCGUGCGGCAACGCAUGGGUGGCGAGAUCCUGGUCAACGGUCAGCAGGUGAACCGGCGUAUCCUGCGCCAGCUUUGUGGUUACGUCCCGGCACUCGAUUCGGCACCACUCGAUCCGCGUAUGAGCGUCCAGAGUACGCUGUCGUUCGCAGCGGCCCUGCGAGGACCGUACGAUCGUAGCGAUCUGAAGGAACGCAUCGACAUCCUGGUGGAGGACCUCGGGCUGACGGCAGUUCGUUCGGCCAACGUGUCCCGGCUGACGCACUCGGAAAAGCAAAGACUGAACGUGGCCUGCCAGCUGCUGACGCAGGCGUCCAUACUGCUGCUCGACCAGACCACGAUCAAUAUGGACAUCUUCGACACGUUCUUCCUGGUCGAGUAUCUGCGCCAGUGGUGCAGUGCUGGUCGGAUCGUUGUGAUGACACUGCAGCCACCGACCUUCGAGAUCCUCUCGAUGUGUUCCGGAGUGCUGCUGCUGUCCGGAGGUCGCACCGUUUACUCGGGCAGCCGGGCCGACCUGCCGCGCCAUAUGGGCCAGCUCGGAUAUCCUUGUCCACCGUUCAAGAACCCUGCCGACUACUACCUAGAUCUGGUAACACUCGACGAUCUGUCGGCAGCGGCCCUGCUCGAGUCGUCCGCUCGCAUCGAGUCCCUUGCCAACUCGUGGGACCACGUCAACGCCGAACCCCCACUGGCCGCUCCCGUCGCUAACUUACCCGAGCCAACCAAGAGCGCCGGCUUCUUUGGUCAAAUAAACGCCCUGGGCAAGAGAUACAUGUCCUACAAGCAGCCCGGUUCUCUGCUCACCUGGAUCAGCCGGUUGAUUCUUGCCGCAAUUCUAUCCCUUUUCAUCGGAUGUAUCUUCUGGGACGUUCCUGCGUCAGAUCCACAGCUGAAUCUGAACGAUCGCCUGGGCUAUCACCAUUGCAUGAUGAUGGUCGCACUGUGGCCACUGUUGCUGCUUCAGAUACGCGACGUCCAGGAGGACCGUCGCCACGCGGAGAAAGACCUAAAGCUGGGACUCUACGGUAGAUUUCUAUACAUCAUCAUCCAGGGCACGCUGAGCGUCAUGCCUAGUUUGUGCAUAUGGUUGGCAUACCUACUACCCGCCCACAGCAUGGCGGGUUUGUACUCCUACACAACCAACAACGACACCGGCAUCUAUCUGUAUAUGGGCUACAUGCUGCUCUACCUUAUGGCCAUACAGACACUGGUGUUAUUCAUAUCCCAUCUGAUUCCAUGUGGAAUAACGGCUUCGAUUGUCACCACCCUGGUCCUUCUGCUUAUGGCGUCCGUCGGUGGGUUCGCCGUUCAUGUCGCGAACGUUCCCGAGUACCUUCGAUGGAUGGAGCUGCUAACUCCCCAGAAAUGGCUCACUCCGCUGCUCACCGAAAGCGAGUACAGCCUCGAAACGUUGCAGAGUAUCAGUAGCCAACGGCAGUGUCCAAACAAGGUGAGACAUAAAGCGGAUAUCAUCAUCACGACACAGUGCCACCCACCGAACGGUACCUUCGUCCUGGCUGAUCAUCAGCUGCUUCCGCGUGACCACGUCCUAGACGCAACCGACAUGUACGCCUCCACCGUUCUUGGGCUCUUGCUCACCUGCAUAGUGUUCUUCGCCCUGACCAUGUUUGUCUUCCUGCUCAACUGCCAGUCGCUGCUGCGGAAGAAGAGCGUACGCCACGGCAAGCAUGGGUAG